AUGCAGAUCAUGGAGGGCCAGCCCAUGGUGAGCUAUUCGGCAGGAUCAGUGAACUCUGUUGUCUACAAGCUCACCAAGCUAAAGGAUUGCGCCCUUGUAAUUGAAGGGUUACAAAAGGAUCUUAUGAUUCUUUUGGAGAGUUUCAGCCAAGUGGCUGUGUUGCCAAGUAAGAUGAAUUGGCAAGUCCAAGUGUGGAUGAAAAUUGUGAGGGAGUUGGUCUUCGACAUCGAGGACUGGAUCGAUCAGGUGCCGGCGAUGCCAAACACAGGGGGCCAACUACUGGAUUUAGAAGAUGAAGUGAAAAGAUUCAAGGCCCGGAUCGAGCACGCGCGUGAGCUCUGUGAAAGAUACGGUCUUGUUAUUGAAGUGCCGUCUGAACUUCGUGAUCCUGCUUCUUUACCCGGCCACGCCCAAGUUACAGUUGAUUCACAUAUACUUUUCGAGGAGAAAACUGCCCUUGUCGGGAUGGAAGUUCCAAUGGAUGAGCUUGUCAAGCAUCUCACUGGUGAGCAUGAGAAGAGGCGGAAGGUGGUUUCCAUCCUCGGGGUGGAAGGCCUUGGUAAGACUACUCUUGUCAAGGAGGUUUAUUCAAAGAUUCAAGGGAACUUUGAGUGCCGAGCUUUUGUUACUCUUGGCCGGAGACCAUCCAUUACGGAGACUGUGCAGGAAAUACUUUGUCAAGUAAACCCCUCUGCAGAAAAGAAAAUAAACCUGAAGAUUGAUCCUAGGCGUGGAAGGGGCGCAGCCCAGGAUCUGAAAAAACUCCUCACUGAGCUUUGGAAGUACCUCGCCACAAAGAGGUAUUUCAUCUUAGUGGAUGGCUUAUGGAGCACACAGGCUUGGAAAAUUAUCAAUUCUGCUUUGCCCAACGAGAAUAAUGGAAGCAGGGUAUUGACAACAACAUGCAUCAGUGCUGUUGCUCAACAUUGUUCUGUACGUCCAAUGGAUAUCUAUCGGAUUGAGCCACUUAACGAGGAGAUGUCUGCAAGAUUAUACCUAAAAUUAACUCGGCAAAAAGAAUGGCCGGCUGAUCAUGCUGAAGUAACCAAAAACAUGUUUAAAAUGUGUGGUGGCAUGCCAUUGGCCCUAGUUCUUGCAGCUGGCUUAUUAGCAGCAAAAUGCAAAGAACUACCAGAGCCUGAGAUAUCUGUUGUUUCAUCAGUGGAGCAAUAUUCCAAAUCAGAUGGGAUUAUGAAGACACUGCAGAUGAGUUAUGAUGCUUUGUCUUUGCCUCUGAGGUCUUGCUUGUUGUACCUAAGUGUCUUUCGAGGAGGUUGCACCAUCAAGAAGGACCGUCUGAUACGAUUAUGGAUUGCUGAAAGACUUAUCCGUCGAAAAGAUGAUGAAAGAAGAGCUCAAGAAAUAAGACGUGAUGGAGGAGAAGAAACGAGAGUUGAAGGAGGUGAAAUCAUAGGAUAUGAAGAAAAUGGAGGUAAAGAAACAGGAGACGAAAAAAGCUUGUGGGAGACAGGGCAGCUCUACUUCAAAGAGCUCAUCAUCAGGAGACUGAUUCAGCCUGUGUUCAACUACAAUGAUGACCAGCCAGAGGGUUGCACCGUUCACGGUGUAAUUCUUGAUUUCAUCAAUUCUUUGUCGAGCAAAGGUAACUUUGUUACAGUUGGUGGUGCUCAUUUGAGCACAGACACGGUUCGGCGAUUCUCGCUGGACUGCUUUAACAACAAUGACGAAGACAGAGAUGCCACCUUGGCAUCAUUUGCUAUACACUUAUCUAGAGUGCGAUCGGGGGAGCCCUCAUCUCUCAUCGAGUAUAAGCUGCUCCUUUCUCCUUUUCUUGACGGAAAAAAGCAGACACUCCUCUCCUCACUCACGCACCGCAUAGCCGCCUCCUACUCCCCUCGCACAUCCAACCAGCCACCGGGUGUCGCCCGCAUCUCAUCUCCCCGCCAUAGCGUCGUCGUCGCCAUAUCUCCCAGGCACCUCACCUUCAUGCCAUGGCAAAGCCCGCCCACUCCUCUCCCCACCAUCUCCUCUCUCAUCCACAGCGUUGCCAACCUCUUCCUCUCCCCGCCACGAUGUGGCCCGCCUCCUUCUCCCUCUAACAACCUCUCACGCUGCCGCCUGGCACCGAGCCAGCCCACCGAUCUACUAUCCUGGGUAGCUGAAUCCAUCCAGGAGGUGCAAGAGGGACCACAACCCCCUGUUAGUGCCGGCCAUGUAGUUGACUCGUUCGUAUGUGGAUUGGACAACCUCGGGCACAGUGGUGUGGCGCUACAAGGAGGGAGGUAUAUGCCUUCAUCAUCGAGGUUGCUCACCCCAGGCCAAUUUCCGGUGGCACAUUGUCACGCCAGGGCGACCGCUAAGGCGAUGUGA